AUGGCCUCUCUGCUUCGUUUCUCCUCGUUUGACGCUCUACAUCUCUGCAGACGACAGGGCACUACUAGACGCUAUACUCAAUCUGCAUUCUCGGUGGCGACUCAGAAAUGGCAGCUUGCUGGCAUUCCCAGGCCAAGAUCCAUCCUCGAGGACGAUGAAGCACCCGUCGAUCUCUCAGAAGACAACGAGGCAGUGAAUGGAACGCGUCCAAAUACCGCUCCAGUCCAUCUCCGCCGACCCCCCGACAAACCGACGCCGCACGAAUACAAAGCCCACCGUGAAGCGCUGCGGAAGGAGUUUCCAGAAGGCUGGUCGCCACCCCGGAAGCUGUCGCGCGAGGCCAUGGACGCCCUACGCCAGCUCAACCGUAUGGAUCCGGACAAGUUCACCACGCCCAUACUCGCGGACAAGUUCAAGAUCAGCCCAGAGGCCGUGCGGAGGAUCCUCAAGAGCAGGUGGGAACCUAGUGCAGAGAAGCGCAUGACACUCGUCUUGCGCGAACGGAAGGAGCGGGAAGCUAAGCAGCGCGUGAGGAAGGAGAGGCAGAACGAGAUGCACGUCAAGCAGACGGAGCUCGACCGGCUGAAGAAACUUCUCCGCAACGACAACUUCUUCCAGCAGAAGUAUGGCCGGCAGUCGGUGUACGAGUCGCACGACGAGAGGGAGGUCGAAGGUGUUGUCCGCCGGGACAGGUUCUCCUUUCGAUGA